GCCAGCCAUUAUCUUUUGGAUGGAAUUGUUGAGCUUGAGGCUACCUAUGCAUAAUAAAAGCAAAAUAUUAGAGAUGACUCGCUAAACAGUAACAGCAUACGGGUUCAUGAAUCUGAAUUGUAGUCUUAGUCAUGCAUUGCUGCUAUGUCACAAGAGUUGUUUGUCGUGUUUCCUCCAUUUAUCUAUUGAUUUGUCCCCUUGAUCGUAUUUUCCUCUAACAUUGCAUCGAACAAAACCUCCAUAAUCGUUUCUAAUCCGAGAAACCAUGAAUGAGAAGAUGAUGCCAAAAAUUAUCAAGAAGAAGGGCAGCAAGGCCUCCUCGAGCAGCAAGCGCAAUUCCAGUUCCGCUUCUUCGCCAUCGGGGAAGACGCAGAGUUCGGAAGAAUCCUCUCCAUCCCCAUCCGGAAAGAGCCAGAGCAACGAUGUCGUCUCGGAGAAGGACAGCCAAACAGGGGAAGAGCUCGAUCUGCAAGAGGACAAGGCUACCAUUGCCUCGUCGGACGACGUAGAAGAAGUAGAGGAGAAUGUAGAAGACGAUGAUGAAGUUCUUCCUGCAGAGGAGUUGGUAGUCGACGACAUCUUCGACGAUGGUGAGGACGAUAGCAGUUGCACACCAAAAUCGGAAAGGGCACUGGCGGAAAAGACUUCCUUUACAGAGGACCAAACGCACGAAGCGGGGGUCGAGUCAGCGGCUGCUGCCGCUGCAACUCUGAAGCGGCGGAAGUCCGUCAGUUCAUCCCCGAAGAAGGUGGUUAAUACAGUGGCUGUGCAAUCGUCGAAAACCGUUUCUGUUGCAGAAGAUGCCCCCGCGGCCACGACCCAGGCUGAACUGACCCCAACGAUGACCGCAGCUAGAAGAAAACCCAUUAUCGCCUGCCGAGUGUGGGAGCCCAAGCCGCUUUCCGUGGAAGGGAUUGAGCUGCAUCCAGAGGGGACUUUGACUGCCGUCGGGAGGGCGAAUGGGGUCGUGGAAAUCCGUGAUGAGUUCCAGUUUGUCCGAACGGUCCUCUAUCUGCCGUCGAUUAAGGACCAGGCGCGCUGCUUUGCCUGGGUGCCCAAGGUUCCAAGUGUCGUUGCAAGUACAAGCAGUAACGGUCGCGCGGACAACGACUCAAACUCGUCGUCCGACGAGUCCAGUGACGACGAACCCGAGAAGAAGACCAGUAAAAACACUGACAAAAUGAAUAAAGCGCUGUCAAGAAAGGGCGACGAAGUUUCAACAUCGAAAAAGGCCACAGUUAGUACCGGAAAGGAGUCAACGACGUCCUCUGCAGCGACCACUUCUUCGCAAGAAAUCUCGCAGAUGAAGCCGAACGACUACUACCUGUUUGUCGCAGGAAAUCACGCCAAGUUUCACUGCUAUGAUGUAGAUUCCGGCGAGAUUGUGUUUUCCUCCGACAGUUUUGGUGGGGCCGUCUGGAGCAUGUCGUACGUGGCAGCGCAGGACUUUCUGCUCUUGACCUGCGACGACGGCUGCUUGAAGGUAUGAUGGUCUAGAUGGUCGUGGAUAUGAUCACACAAUAGCUGCACAACAUACUUACACCUUUUUGAUGUGUUUGACCUCGUUAUCGUUUUAGAAAAACAGUUGAAAUUAUGGGGCCUAGAAUAAUCAAUGAUCGAAACACUUCUUCAUCAAAAAUGAACAGGUUUUCCGUCGCGACGAGCAGCAGAACGACUUUUCGCUUUCCUAUCAAAAGGAAAAAUUCCCCCUCCCCAUAUCAAAACGGAAAUCUGUGAUGCAGAUUUGUUGUCACAAAUCAGUUUUGUCAUGCUACACGGGAAAAGAUGCGGACUGUAGUGCUGGGCGCCGUGGUCAAGCCUUGCAUCUUCAGCAUGAUAGGAGGCAGCUGAGAGCGGGAAACAGCAAGACAAAUUGCCUGCAAACGAGGCCACGACUGCGGCUCUUGGCCUUCUAGCAUUACAAGUCGAUUUGUGACCUCAAAUACAGCAUCAGAAAUUUCGUUUUCGAUAUGGGGAGGGGGGAUUUUUCCUUACAAUAUUUCCCAGUCGCUGAACAGUCAAGUGAAAACCAAGAAGAAAGCGCCCCACGUAUCCUGAGUAAAAACGUACCCACACCAUAGUUGUCAUGCAGCUCUGCAUGCUUAAAAUGUUUCUCAUGCGGAGCCCCAUGAGAAGCAUUUUCUAAUGCCGUUUUGAAAUUUGCCAUGCUCCAAUCAGCACGAGAUACUAGAUCUGUAAUGCUGCUAAACUAGCUCAAACAGCACUACACUACGCGGACAAACUUGUCAUGCCAAACAACCAAAGCUGGCUGAUUUGUCUAGCAGAUUCCCCAUCCUGACUCUGGUGUGGGUACGUUUUUACAUAGGAUACCACGCCAGCAGCCAUUGCGUUUUGCAAAACGGAAGUGUGGUGUUAGUUGGAGACACAGUCGGCAAAGUGUCGAAAUGGACAAAAGAUUCCGCCACGGGGAGAUUUGUGUCCGCCGGCGUGAUGCGAGUCAACCUACCGGACGAAUCCGCGAAAAGGAAAAAAACCCAAGGUAAGUUGUUGCUUUGCGCUCUUUUUUUUUCGUUAGCAUAUUGAAUGAUGCGGGAGCAUCAAUUUACACUGUGAUUGCGUGUUCAGAUUUCUUGUUGUCCAACAUCAUGUCACUACAAACAAAAUCAAACCAAACAGGUCUCGCCAUCAUUAGCUGUAUGUGCCGAAUCGACGAUACCACUUUCGCUUGUGGCGAUUCUCUCGGCCAAGUGUCCUUCUACGACGCGAAGCAGUGUGUUUUGAUUCAGCAGUUCAAGAAACACGAUUCCGAGGUUUCUGCGGUGGCUCUGAAUACGAAUUUCCGCGGAAGUUGUAGCACCACCACCGCAUCGCACAUCCAGAAGACCGUUUUUUCGGCCGGUCUGGACAACAAGGUGCAAUCCUACGUGUUGCAAGACCCCGAGGAGUGCUUGAAGACGAAUCUGCUGAAGUACAUCGUCGGGACAGCCUACUUCCCGCCGGACUGCCGGCACGGGUUGAAUUCGAUGGUCUUCAUCGGGAAGAGCAACAGCUUGGUUUACGGUGGCGGGAACGGAAGUCUGUACCAGACCCAGCUGAACACAGGCGUGCAGAUGAUCAACGAAUCCAAUCCGGGAGGAAAUAAUUCCACUACCGACAUCAACGCAAACCCGCAGCAACUCCAAUUCUACAUGAACCCGACGCGGCGCGUGGCCGGGCCCUACGACGGCCAGUACUGGACGAGAAACAGGAUAGCGACCAGUGUGUCUUCUUCUUCCAGCGCAAGCGCAACGGCUUCCGCCAGCUCCUCCUCGAGCCGGGGUAAAAAUGCGGCCAGCUCGGCAGGAGCCGGGGACCAGCACUCGCAAUCCUCGGGCAGUUUGUUGCUCUGUGCGGAUGUCAACGUCGCCCACGUGUGGUAUCUGGACUUUGAAGAAAAGGAGUGCGAAGAGAAGGUUAGCGCUGUAGCGGAACAAGCGGGUGUUCUACUUGCAGCGGGAACAACUACUGCGCAGAAAUCGAACAAGAGGAGCGGAAGCAGCAAGGCAGCCACGGCAUUGUGCAAGUCUUGUCCGGACCAACCAGAAAUUGUACCCAGAAAGCUCUUCGAAAUCAAGCUUGAGGUAAGGGAGGUGCUUUAUGAUGUUUGAAAAAUAGAAAUACACCAAUGAGCCGUAGUCUUAAAGAACUGUAUGAACUUCUUUACUGCACGGUGUUUUUCUCUUGUGAAAUGGUUGUAGUUUUGGCGCUGCGAAGAUGAAAAUAUAACUAUAAGUAAAUAAUCAUACCCGAUGAAUAAGCGCCAUUCUAUCAACACACCAGGACUUCAAAACCCGUCAUCUGAUUUGCUCUGCGGUGUCCAAGUCUGGCGAGUGGAUCGCUUUGUCAAAUACAACGAGGACGGUCGUGUUUCACGUCGACCAAGCCGAGUUGAAGCUGACGAAGCACUUCACCGCCGAGAACUCUCCUUCCACGGCGGUCAGCUUUGCCGGACCAAACGACCGCUAUCUAGUUUGCGCAAAAAGAGGGAACAAGCUCGAGAUCUUGGAUUUGGAAACGACCGCAAAAUGCACUCGCGACGACGUCGGUCGCUGGCAACUGCCGUCGGGGAGUAGCACGACUGGGGGCUUGAAUGGGAAGUCGAAAAUCUCCCUGCUUCGCUCCUGCAGGGAAUGGCUCGCCGUGGUGGACGGGUCGCAACAGCUGACAAUGUAUUUUUAGCUGUUUCCAUUUUUGUUUUUAUUAUUUAUUUCCACUAACGAUAGCUCAAGAUCAAGUGCAUUGGUCGUGGUUUCGGCAUUAAAAUGAUCGGCAUGCGAAGAUGCAGUGCUCGGAGGUGUAUAUAUUUUCAAGCUCAUCGCCCAAAAGAAUGACAGACAGUGUCUGAGCGCAUCCGAAUCAAAAAUGAACUGCGAGAACCACCCUAAUAUACAACAGAUACAACCUGGACACGCGCUCCGCCCACGUCCGGGUUCCGCGCAUGGAGGGCAGCGUGGUGGAUUGCGUCUUCGACGAGACGAAAAAUACGGUCUCUUGUCUCUACUCUUCCAACCAAUUUGUGAAGUUCGACCUGGAUCUGAUGCAGAUCGAGAGUAAGUGCGACAACGUCUUGUCCACCAAGGAGCAGAUCGAGGAAACGCUGGCCGUGGCAAGCAGAAUCUGCAAGUAUUCCGGAAUCUUGCAGCACAAAGCAGCUGGUGGAGUAUCUGCACAUGCAGCAGGUGCAGUAGCUGCGGAUAGAGCACGACGACAGGGAGCGGCAGGGGCGGAGGUUGUUUCAGAACCACCCGCAGGUGAUGGCGACCGAGAACAAGAGCACGACACUCAAGGGAACAAGAAGAGUUGUGAAAAGCCACAGGAUAAGCUGGUUUGUUGGUCUUCCAGCGGAAACAUGAUGGUUUUAACUGAGCAAGACGAAGGGCAAGCGCCGGCUUCGGAACAAGAGGAACCCGAAGAUCACACGAUAAAUCAGCUUCCGGCGAAGAAGAGAAAAAAACUGUUGUUGAGCAAAAAGUGGAAGAAACUGCAGCAGCAGAACAAGGAGGCGGUUGCAGCUCCUUCGUCGAGAAUAGUUCUGAAAAACAUCCCGGCAAGCAACCACCUCCAGCACGUACUGCAUUUUGGAGCCGUGACCGCAAACGGAGCCUGGAUCGCGGUGCAGGUGCCAGACGGAGUAAUGAAGAAGACACUGAGCCGCGCAACGGCAGCGGCGGCGGCCACGGCAAGAGAGCAGUACGGACGAAAGUGAGAACGUGAUGGUUACCGAGUUGCAGCUGGAAAUUAUCAGGAAGAAGCAUGUGUUGAAAGUUGUGAUAGUUGAAGCAAUUUAUGACUUUCAGUGCCAGCACUUUUCCUGAAAUAGAACCGGCUUGGUCACCAGCGACACGAAGUGACAUUGGGUUGUGCGCUUAGAUUUCCAUAGCAUUUGGAUUUCGGCUUAGAAUUACAGAGCUCAUACACUACUUUGCUUUCACGAAUUUGACUUCCUACCAACAGAAACGCGC